UGACCCUCGGAUCGUUCAACCCAGAGGUAUUGACAACCCUACUGCGCAAACAUCGUCGUCUCUUAUUCUAUAGUUUUUGGUCCGUAAAUUUCAAAAACACCGACCUUCUGGGAAGAUGUCAUCGGUAGCCAGCUUGAUGCUUACCACUUUGGCUUUUCUCGCCGCCGAGCUUCAAAUUGUCCAAGCGUGCCCCUCUUGGGUGCAAACGAUAUAUCCUAAAUACAGUAGAAAUGACUCCAUAUUCAGUCCUGGAUACCCUGGAAAUUAUCAUAGCUUACAGAGUUGUCAAUGGAGAAUCGUGGCACCCUUCGGCCAGAGAGUUCUCAUCUACUUUACAGAAUUUGAUGUGGAAUAUUGUCUUGGGUGUAGCUGUGACAGUGUGGAAAUUUAUGAUGGAACUUAUUUGGUGGACGACACUCGUUUGUCAAAAAGCUGUGGAAGCAGUCUUCCCGCACCAGUGUAUUCUACAGGUCGUAAUAUCUUCAUGAAUUUUAGUUCAGAUUGGAGCUCAUCAGGGGCAGGAUUUGUGGCACACUACAGAGUGCUGAAUUCCUCAUCAGGUUGUCCAUCAAUCAUUCCUGGCACCUCAGCUGGUGUCAUUUACAGUCCUAAUUUUCCUUGGAGUUAUCCGGCCAACAGCUAUUGUGACUGGUAUAUUCAAGCACCUCGGUGGAAAAGGAUUAAUUUGACGUUCAUAAGGUUCAACUUGGAGUAUGACUUUGAUUGUCUAGACGACUACGUGGAGGUGCUAGAUGGUUACUACCAUCGGAUUGGGAAGUACUGCGGGUCUCAAAUUCCAACCUCCAUCUACUCCUCAUCUAAUUCUCUAACUGUUAAGUUCCGCUCUAAUUCUUACACCUCCUAUUCGGGAUUCCUGGCACUGUACAGCUCUCCGACAAAUGCUCCAGCCUGGACUACAUACAGACCUGUCUACCCGACAACGCGGUCUGCAUAUCACAGUUGUAGUAGUUACAGCUCUGCAAUAACCUUUUACCUUGAAAGUUCAAGCUCGACAACCAUCAAGUCAGAUUAUGGUGGCUUCUGGAACACCUGGGCUCCCUAUUCAAGCUGCACAUUCAAAAUAUCUACAGAGACGGGUUACAACCUGGAGCUUACUCUCGACGCGAUGAACAUGUACAGCUGUGAUAGCUGUUCUUGUGGAUAUCUGAAAGUUAGAGAUGGAAGUUCAUCAAGUGAUCCGCUUCUCGGGGAAUACUGCGGCACUGUAAACUAUGGUACGG